GUCGGGCCGAGCCGCCUCGGGAGCUGCUGCCGGAGCCGGCGCCCGCCAUGGGCGUGGGCUAUGGGGGGAUGCGCUGCAUCAAGAUCCUGCUCUUCAUCUUCAACCUGACCUUCUGGCUGGCGGGACUGGCUGUCAUUGCCUUCGGGCUCUGGCUGCGGUUUGGUGGCCCCAUGGCGGAGUUCGCUACAGACAAAAAGUCCCCAGAACUUUUCUUCAUGGGACUCUAUGUACUGGUGGGAGCAGGGGCCAUCAUGUCAGCAGUUGGAUUUUUCGGGUGCUGUGGAGCAGCACGGGAGUCCCAGUGCUUAAUUGGAACAUUCUUUGCUUGCCUGUUGGUGAUAUUUGCAGGUGAGGUCACUGCUGGAGUAUUUGCCUUCAUAGGCAAGAAAGUGGCAAUACAGGAAGCCCAGAAAAUCUAUGAAGAUGCUUAUGAGGACUACAUGAAAAACCCAGUGGGGAAGGUCAACAGUACCAUCUAUCGCUACCAUGUGGCUCUCCAGUGCUGUGGUAAAGGUAAUGUGGAACAAACAGGAUUACCCUGUCCAGAGAACAUCCAGCUGCCAAAGAACUGCCUGGUUGAAAUUCAGAAUGUAAUUGAUACUCAUCUGCACUUAGUUGGAAUUGUUGGAAUUGCAAUUGCUAGCAUCACAAUCUUUGGCAUGAUAUUCAGCAUGGUUCUGUGCUGUACGAUCCGUAACAUGAGAGAAAUGAUCUAAAACUGUCACUGCACAACUGUGCCCCAGGAGUUCCAGACUAAGCUUACAAGAAGUGCUCUUCUACCCAAUUAUUUAAUAAUUGUAAUGCAUUUUAAUCAGUGUUUUAACAUACUGAGAGGAAAAUAUCCCAUUAGGUGAUCAGGUGAAUUGUAUUAGUUACAAUUAGUUACAGUAAAGCUGAAGUGAAAAAAAAAAAAGGGUUUAAAAUGUCCUUUUUAAUGGAAAAAAAAAAGCACAGGUGCAUCUAAGACUAAUUUGAAUUUUAAUGUUUGUAUAUGUGCAGUUAAGAGUUUACACAUGUAUAGAUUUUGUGUAAGCACACGCAUCUUUCUCCUUACAAACACAUCUGGAUGUGAGCAGGUCCCUGGAUGUGCAGUACCUGUCUAGGUAAAUACCUGCAGAUGGAACACAUUGGGUGUGCAUCCAGAGUGUCCCCAUGCAGGAUGUGCACAUCCCACAGGGACACAGAGCUCGGAACCCUCUCACACCGAGUCCAUUUGCCAAGAAUUAGCAGAGGGACAUAUGCCAUUGUAAAAAGUAAGACCUAUGAUCCAUUUUGUGACUUUAUUUUCCAAAACCCGGAGUAGAACUAAUAAUAUUAGUCUUUAUUUUAAAAAAUAAUUAAUGCCUAAGGGCCUGCUCCAGCGAAGAUGAAUUCAUGUGAGUAGACCCACUGACUUCACUGUCAUGCAGAGACUGGGUAUUUCUUUUUUGUAGGACUGGACCCUUCAUGCAAAUGCAGAAAGCUCUGGGGGAGAAAACACGUCCAAGGAGAUCCAGGCUAAAGGAAGAGGGGGAAAGAGGUGGGAAGCUGGCAAGACCAGGCAGUCAUUUGGGACCAACUGCAGUGGAAAGUGUGCUUAAGCUUCCCAAGCUAGGCUGAGAUACACCAAAAACCCCAACUGCGAGUUCAAGGGGCCACUAAAAUCCACAUUCAGCAGCCCCUUUGUCCCAAAAGCCUCACUGUGGCUACAAACUGGUGCAGGAGUGGAGCCUAGGUCCAGAAAAGCAGCCCCUUUGUCAGAUCUCUGGAGAAUCUAACUGGCCUGUGGAAGCCAAACAAAGAGUGAAAGUGGUCAGAAAAAGACACACAGCACUUUAAUAUCCUCAGUUUCUGCUUCUGUGACUAUCACAGCUUCCACGGGGUUCUUACCUCAACCUCUCGCCCUUUCCUGGGGGCAGAAGGCAGGAAAGGAAAGAUGGGACAUUUUUACAGAGCCAUGAAGUAAGUUUUUUUACUGGCACCUUUAGAUUGCAUGUCAGGUAUAAAAAUUACACUGUGUGCUUGAAAUACCUCAGGGCUUGCGUUUACAUAGUUUGUUUCUAUAUUUUAAUUUUUCUAUUUGUUGUAUUUAUUCG